UUUAUCUGUUCCAGAAAUAUUAAUUUCCUUCGUCCCCCCGUUUAUGGUGCAAAUAUAAUUAGAAACUAAAGUCAGACAAACUGAACCAACAAUUCUUUAUUUAUACAAAAAUCUUUGGUGCUAAAGGGAAGAUGUCGAUGUGAGCACCACUUCACCUUAUCCACUUCCAUCGUCUAUGAUUAACUGUAACCCACACUCAGACAUGCGCAGUCGUGCAAAUCUCAAACCACAACCCCAGCGGGGUGGCCGACAACCUCAACGUGAAUGAUUGUGAAACAAAAAGUGAGAAGUCGCAGACACAGAGAUAAAGGUGUUAAAGUCCGAGCAGAUCCAACGAGGGACUACAGCUGUCCGAACCCACCGGUGAAGACAACACACCGACCUGGAGAGACUCCUGAAGACAGUUCUGGGACCAGAAGAAAAACACAAAGCUGAUUUAAAAGUUUCUAUUUGAGAUGAAGUUGUAAAAAGGAAAAGAAGAGAUGGAGCAAACAGAGGGAGCGUCUCCUCCUCCUCCUCCUCCUCCUCCUCUCCCUGCUCAGCAUCAUGCAGACUGUGGUGAGAAGUCAGAUGAUACACCAGAGACUGAGAAGGAGGAGCUGACAAAAGAUGGAGAAGAGUCGUUACGCAAAAAUCAAGGAGGUCAAACUUCUGUCUCAGAGAAACAGAUGACUGCAGAUGAGAAGUGUUCAGAGGAAGGUGUUCAAGAUGAACUGCCGAGACAAGAAGCCAUAGAGUGUCAUAGAGGCAAAUCACUGGCUAAUCUCAGGUCAUCCAGUGAGCACAGCUGGGCUGGUCUUCUUCCUCCUUCACUCAAACAUCAAAAACGGCUCCACACUGUUCUCCAAGAGUCCACAACUAUAGAAAAAUUGAAAGGACAAGCGCCUCACAAUAUACUACCUCACCCAGGCCCCUUAGAUGUUUCCCCUUUUUCCUUGCCUACAUCAAACUGGAACAAUAUCCAAAAUCCAUAUAUAUCACCGAGCAAAAUGGCACACGCAAGAUAUUUUGCUUCUCCUCACUUAGAUCGGAGAACGAGAGAACAAAUCAUAGUUUCAAUCCUCAGAGAGAGGAAGAAAACUGCAGCAUAUCUGACACCAGGUCACAGUCAGGAUAAAACCAGGGGAGCAGCCAGUCCAGGGAAGCCAUUACUUGGAACGUCAAGCAGAGGAUGUUUGCUGUCUGGUUCCAGUUCAACUCAAAUACACUCUGACCCUCAAAAGCAUGAAUGUAGUGCCAAAGGAGAAAUGGUUCCACCUGUUACUGCUGAGAACUACUUAACUGAGAACCCUGAGCUACAACAGCAUUCACCUUCCUUUAGGGGAGGAACAUUAGACCAUUACUGUCUUUCUUAUAACAGAUCCUCACUGGGUCCCUCCCCUUACAUCCCAUCCCAUUCCUCUAGUUUUGAUUCAACUGAUGAGUUAAUCUUUAGAAACAGUAAGAAAACGUAUCCGACUGCAGUGGAUCCUACACCAGGACGCAUUCCAGAUGAUGCCAGGGGAACUGAGCUGCCUGCAACAGAUCCGCUCAUCUUUCAAUCUCUCCAAGGCAACAGAGAUUCAGACUCUGCUGCAUGUUAUGACAGAGAAAAGGGAGUUCAGUUAUCUGGCAGCACAGUGGGAGGUCAUGACAAUCUGCAGAAAAAAGAAGUCACCAGGGGGAUGGUCUUCCUUCUCCUUCACAAAUAUAUCCGAACCACACUGCUGUCCAACAAUCCAGAACUGUGGAAAAAUCAAAAGGACAAGUGCCUCACAAUAUACUUCCUCACCCAGGCCCCUUAG